AUGGCAUCCCGAAAGAAGGUGCUCUUAAAAGUAAUUAUUCUGGGCGACAGUGGUGUUGGAAAGACUUCCCUAAUGAACCAGUAUGUGGCUAAAAAAUUCAGCAACCAGUACAAAGCCACUAUAGGAGCUGACUUCCUGACCAAAGAGGUCAUGGUGGAUGAUAGGCUUGUGACGAUGCAGAUAUGGGACACGGCGGGCCAGGAACGCUUUCAGUCAUUGGGUGUUGCCUUUUACCGAGGUGCCGACGGCUGCGUCCUUGUGUUUGAUGUCACCAUGCCUAACACCUUCCGCUCCCUGGACAGUUGGAGGGAUGAGUUUCUUAUCCAGGCUUCCCCUAGAGACCCAGAAAACUUCCCUUUUGUGGUUAUUGGCAACAAGAUUGACUUGGAAAACCGAGCGGUAUCAGCACGCAGAGCGCAAGGAUGGUGCCACAGUAAAGGGGAUAUCCCCUAUUUUGAGACCUCGGCCAAAGAGGCAAUAAAUGUGGAGCAAGCAUUCCAGGCAGUGGCCAAAAAUGCCAUGGCACAAGAAACAGACGUGGAGCUGUGCAGUGAUUUCCCCGAUCCAAUUAAACUCAAGGAUGAUCAAACAAAGCCGAAAGAAGGAUGUGCAUGUUAA